UUUCUUUUCCCUUCUUUCUGUUGCCUCUCUCUCUCUUGUGAAAGUCUCUUCCUCUUUCGGACAUUCCCUGAAGAAAAACAAAAUUCAGGGCUUUUCUCCAUCCCUCUCUCGUUCGCUCUCUACAGUAAUGGCUACAGAAGCCGUCGUGAAUGGUUCUACUUCAUCACUACCUGAUCCAUCAUCUUCAAUACAGGAGACUUCAUCAGUAGCCGCAGCUUCAAUUUCAGCAGAAAAGAAAUGGCCAGGAUGGCCUGGGGAUACUGUAUUUCGUGUUAUCAUACCUGUCGCUAAAGUAGGUUGUAUUAUUGGUAAAAAAGGUGAACUGAUUAAGAAGAUGUGUGAAGAUACUAGGGCUCGCAUUCGUGUUCUUGAAGGUGCUCUUGGUACUAAUGAUCGCAUUGUUUUGAUUUCCAGUAAAGAAGAACCAGAGGCAGCGCUAUCCCCAGCUAUGAAUGCUGUGAUUAGAGUAUUCAGACGUAUUACUGGACUAUCUGAGACUGAUGGUGAAGGUUCAUCUUCUGGUGUUGCCACUUGCUCAUUUAGAUUGUUGGUGGCAUCAUCACAGGCCAUUAAUUUAAUUGGGAAACAAGGUUCCCUAAUUAAAUCAAUUCAAGAGAGCUCUGCGGCCACUGUUAGAGUUCUAUCUGGAGAAGAAGUGCCUCAUUAUGCUACCUCAGACGAAAGAAUUGUAGAGAUCCAAGGGGAAGCGUUGAAGGUUCUUAAGGCAUUAGAAGCAAUAGUGGGACACUUGAGGAAGUUCUUGGUGGAUCAUAGUGUUAUCCCUUUAUUCGAAAAAACAGGUAGUGCACCGACCACUCAAGAUCGUGUAACAGAUACGUGGGUUGAGAAACCACAGACUUUGCUCCAUCCAGCUUCUCAACCUGGAAUUGGAAUUGGCAAUGAUUAUCCAUUUUCCUUAAAGAGGGAAAAUUUAUACAUUGAUCGCGAGCCCCAAUUGGAGUCGCAUACUAGCCUGUCGUUGUACGGUCAAGAUCCUGCACUUGUUGGUCUACGUCCACCAGGAAUUACUCGUUCUGCUGCUACUAUAGUAACCCAGGUAACUCAGACAAUGCAAAUACCCUUGUCUUAUGCUGAGGACAUAAUUGGGAUUGGAGGUGCAAAUAUUGCGUAUAUUCGUCGUACUAGUGGAGCAAUCCUUACUGUGCAAGAGAGCAGGGGGUUGCCUGAUGAAAUCACUGUUGAGAUUAAGGGUACGUCAAUACAGGUGCAGACAGCUCAACAGCUUAUUCAUGAAUUUAUUGCUGGGCAUAAAGAACCAUCAGUGAGCAGCUAUGGCAACAUGGAUACUGGUUUGAGGUCUUAUGGAUCUCAUCAGAUGGUAGGGAAUAGCUCAUAUCAACCAUCAUCCUUGCCUUCACAACCCCUUGGGGGUUAUGGGUCUUCUGGUUUAGGAGGGUAUAAUAACUUCAGGCUAUAAAACUGGCUGUUGUCUUUGCUUCUUCUUUGUUUGUUACCUUUUUCUCAGUUAGAUUCUUCAUCACAAGAAACACAGUGCCAUUUCCAUGUAACCUUGUAAAGUUUUAGAUAUGUUUUUCCCUCUAGUUCGAAAAGCCGAUUUAAAAGAAAAAAGUGGUGCUAUUGUGAUUGGCUUUUUCAUCCUAGGAUUUAAAUGUGUAUUUUUUAUAUAUCAGUAAAAUCAAAUACUUUUUUCUUAAA